AUGGCCAAGGAACUAAAAGGGCGCAGUCCCUUUGGCGUAAUGGUGCUUGUGCUACUAUUCGGUACACUUUGGCUUCGCUUGACAGCAGCACAGCAAGUGUCAAAAGCUCCAGCAUCAUCCACUUCUUCAAGUAUACCCCUAGCACCUUCCUCUACAAGGUCGGCCAUCCCAGGUCGAGCCACCACGAUCUACAAUGCCACCGCCAACACAGUUGCCCUGAACGACUCGAUCAUUGCACGAUCACGUAUCGAUCUCAACGCUACUCAGGGCGCUUUCUUCAACUUUACCAUUCCAGCAGCAGCUUUUACCAAUGAGGUCAAGGUGGUGACGGUAUGGACAUCAAUAUCUUUGUGUAGCGGACCUGCCAUCCCGCCUUACAACACUUCCAACGCAACACUCCUUGAAAGUCUUGGCUUGUCAGCGACGGAAGCGCGUAAGUCUACGCUCGCAUCGCUCUAUGUAUCCGAUAGCGAGCUGUUUCAACAACCGGGGCCUGCCAAUGGAAGCGUUCUCAACUCGAAGCACAUCGGGCAUGCGCUCGGCGGAUCGACCUCGGUCCAGGUUGAUGUGGAGCAGCAAAGCGACAAUAGCUCUGCAACACUUUGGAUAGGCGUGUGGCCGCCAAGCGACAGUCGAAAUGUCACACCAGGCACAUACCAGUUCCAGAUUGUGACGAGUACACGUGCAAAGAUGGAGUCUGUCGACUACACACGCCGACCAAGAUUGGAAGAUACAGAUGAAACCCGGGCGUUGAUAUCAUCGUUCAACUAUACCACCUCCUCACCUCCGAACCUCAACGUGAUAGUCCUUCCAACAUUUGGUAGCAACUCGCUCUCCAACGCCGACUACUACAACUCGUCGUUUUGUGCCAUCGCGGACGCAUGGGCGGAUAUCCUCCAGAACCGUCAGGUCUCGGUCAAUAGCAGCGACACGCGCCGAGGCACUGAAGCAAACCAGCUCGAUGACAUCCGCCGUCAGUUUGAGGUGUCAGGUCUGGACACUGGCACCAACUACACGGUUUGGCUAUUCGAGACCAACACCACCAUCCAAGACACUGUCCAGAGCGUCUCUACCACCCUCUUUCCGGCCAUCAAGAUGCGGACCAAGCGCAGUGACAACUGUCGACUCGUCUAUGAUGUUCCCUUCUGCCCCAAUGUUGCUUAUUCGAUCCCGGUCAAUCCUACGAUAUCCACGACAACGGCGCUGUCGGCUAUCAGAGGAUUCGUUGAUCCUCAGUACUCGAAUUUCAGCUUGACUAUCGACACGUUCCCUUGUGCAAGUCAUGACUUUGGCAUGUAUUCCUACGUUCAGACCUGUGACAACUGCAAAAAGUCGUACCAGGAUUGGUUGUGCGCCGUCGCCAUGCCACGAUGCACUGAUCCGCUGUCCGAUCCGGAUUCGCAAUCACGUGCCACGCAAGACGGCAGAGAGCUCACUGGUGCACCUACCGGUCUCAAUACCGAUCUGCUUCCCUAUAUCGUCAAUCGCAAUGGCAAUGGGAGCAGCGCAUUGGCUUCCAGGCAAACCUUUAUCGAUCAACAGCUGCAGCCAGGCUUGUAUGGCGAGCUGUUGCCUUGCAUCUAUACGUGCUACUUUGUCGAGCGAACCUGUCCACCACUGAUCCAGUGGGCGUGUCCAGUUUGGGAUAUCACUGCUCAACGUGAUUACGGAACGUUUGCCGAUAGUGGUGCAAAGGGGAUUGGAGCAGCUGAGAACGGUGGCGCAGGCGGCGAUGGCAUGCGGUGGGGCGGGUAUCAGAGGUACAUUGCAACUGAUGCCUUUGGAAACGCCUACUGCAACUCGAUGGGCGUCGACUUUCUGCUCAGAGAGUCGAAUGCUGUUUCGGCAACCCUGUCAAUACAGCGGCUCUGGAUUCUCAUUCCUUCCCUGCUGGUGUCGUUCCUGAUAGCACUUUGGCUUUGA